UGCUUUGUCUUGCUAUAGAACCAACCAAAAACCCCCAAAAAAAAAAAGAGUUAGCCCUUGUGAUCUAGUAAUUCCCUUGCUAGCUUUGGAGUUGAGCACAAAAGUAUCUUCAUAUUCAGCAAAAUCAUCAUGAGGAGCUUCUCAAAGAACAAGUUCCUCCUCUGUUUUCGUCCUGUGGUUGACAUAGAUUGCAUGAUAAAAUCCGAAGUUGCUCCUACUUGUCGUUUUCCACGCAUACCCACUUCAGAGAACCACAACGUGAUGAAGAACUCCGAAACCAAGUCCGUAUAUUUUCCCCAUGUUUCACAAAAACGAAGGAUUUCUCGGGUGAUCAAAGCUGUGUUCUACGAAACCAUAUUGAAUAGAAGAGAUCACCAUAAAAAUCGUUACAUCCAUGAUUCUUUUGGUCCAAAGUAUUUGACGUAUGGAGAAACCAAAACCCUUCAAUCGCCUUUGUCAACUUCAUCUUCUUCACACGGUUUAGCUUCACCUUCUUCGAGCUCACGCACAUCAUCACAACCAAAGAACGUGUCAAGUUACUACUCCACCAAGGAAAAAAGGAAAGAGGGUGGUCAUGGAGGAGGCCCACUAGAGAAGCAAACGAAGUUCGAGUGCUUUGGAAUAUACUUGAUUCUCAUAAGCUUAGCAUUUACGGUGUUUUGGGGGAAGCUUUUUGGUAUUAUUUUGACCUCAACAUUGCUCUACUUUUUCGCUGUUUGGGACUCAAGUUCUCCCUGCCAAAAGAGGUUUCCUAGCUGUCCAAGACUGAGACAAAGUCUACAAGGCAAGGAUACUAGAAAUUAUCACAUGCUUCGAAACUAUUACAUGACUAUGGUUCCCAUUAAUCUUCACGUGACACAUAAUCGAGAUUUACACUUCAUAAGAAAAAGUUAAUUAUAAAGCUCGUCAAUUGUGUGUCUUGUGAAAAUUGAGAAAGACUAUGAUAAUCUGUCCAUCUAGGACUAUGAAAUAUUACUUUUGAUUUUUUUUUAUAAGAAACAAAUGUUUGUGUAUUUUACAUUAGAAUUUGUUUCUUAUAAAAAAACGUCAAGUAAUUUCUCCGAAGGUAGAGGUCAUUAUGGGAAGCAUGCUCCACGGGAACUAGUAACUACCAUAAUGGAGCAUUAAUUUUUUACGUGAGAAUUGUCUUUUUCGUUCUUGGUGCUUCUCCAUUCUCUGCUGCUCUUUCUGGUGCUUCCUGAAUCAAAGCUUUCUUAGGCACAACACAAUGGACAGUGAUAUGAGUGUACUCUUGCAGUUGUUCUGCUUGUUAACAUUUAGGGAAGGAUUGUGGGGGUGGGAAAGACAGAAGGAACAGAUCCUCAUUUAUUUCGCUUUGCAAAAGCUAUUGUUUGGCUUUCUGACAUGACAUUACAUAUCUAACAAAUAGGAAGGUAGGAAUAGUAGUAGUAGUUAUUGAAAUUCGAUAGGAAGGGGUUGGUUGUUGUAUUGAAAGUUUAACUUGUUACAGAAUUUUCAUUGGAAAUAAUACAUGUGUAUUAAUCAUGAUCAUCUGUGGAUUAAUAAAAAUAUCUUCGCCGAUCAAUUUUUAAAA